AUGUCAGCUCGUAAAGCAUCGAUUCGAGGCUGUCUUUCCGUGGCGUUUGGCUCGGAGGGCUCAAACCGGUGUCGCCGUGACGGCAUCCGGCUUCUUAUCUCGCGGUUCUGUGUCUGCUGCCCCGUAGCUAGGGACCCGGGGUUCAUUUCCGGGGAGCAAUGGGUCAGGGCUGUGAGGCUCCGUGCUCGCGGCCACCCGUCGAUCAGCCCUCUUAUCCAUCCGCCUUCUCCAGGGCCGGUAAACGAACACCGAGCCAACGCCGACGAGAAGGAACACUCCGCAGAUGCAGCCACCGAUAACGUCGUAGUAGUCUCCAAUCGCGCCGACGCCUUCCCAGAAGCUCCCGUCCGGUUCGGCGACGUGGUUAACCAAGGACAAGACCUGGAUGAUGCCGAUGAAGGCCGAGACGAAGACGGUGAUGCCGGUGAGGACAAUGGAGUAGUAGAGGAUGGCCACCACGUCCCGGGAGAAUGCCUUGGACGUGUACAGCGCCAUCAUGAGCGCGCCGUCGGUGGUGUCCAGCAGACACAUGCCAGCUGA